AUGUUCCUUCUUCUGGUGCUUCUCACUGGACUUGGUGGGAUGCAUGCAGACCUCAAUCCUCAUAAAAUCUUCCUGCAGACCACAAUUCCAGAGAAGAUUUCAUCAUCGGAUGCAAAAACAGAUCCAGAACAUAAUGUUGUUUACAUGAUUACAAUAGAAGGAAAGCCAUAUUUUGUCCGUCUCAAAAAGCAAUCAAUUUUAUCUUCAGCUUCUGUUAUUAAUUCUUAUGACAAAAAUGACAUCCGUCAUUCCAAACCUCUGCUAGUUCAGAUGGAUUGCAAUUAUAAUGGAUAUGCUGUGGGUAUUCCAAAUUCUCUUGUGACUCUCAGCAUAUGUUCAGGACUCAGGGGAACAAUGCAACUGAAAAACAUCUCAUAUGGAAUUGAACCAAUGGAGGCUGUAUCAGGAUUUAUACACAAGAUUUAUGAAGAAAAAUAUGCUGACACUAAUAUUCUCUUAGAAGAAAAUGACACUUAUUCUUGGUUUAAUUCAGAGUAUCAAGUCAGAAAAAGUUCAGAAAAAACUGACUUUAUUAAGUUGUUUCCUCGAUAUAUUGAAAUGCAUAUUGUUGUGGACAAAAAUCUGUUUGAUUACAUGGGCUCUGAUAUAAACGCUGUAACGCAGAAGGUUAUUCAGAUAAUUGGCCUUGUUAACACUAUGCUUACCCAGUUACAAUUGACUGUUAUGAUAUCUUCAAUUGAAAUCUGGUCAAAUAAAAACAAAAUUUCUACUACAGGGCAUGCUGAAGAUGUAUUGUUACAAUUUUUUGAAUGGAAAAAGGACCAUCUUAACUUGAAACCACAUCAAAUUGCAUGCUUACUUUUCUACAGGAAACUUCCCACCUUAAUAGGAGCCACAUUUCCUGGGCAAGUAUGUAAUAAGGAUUUUGCUGCUGCAGUUGCUCUGUAUACAGAGGGUUUAUCCUUGGAGUCAUAUACUGUCAUUAUUGUUCAGUUGCUUGGCCUUAAUCUGGGAUUAACUUAUGACAAAACUGACACCUGCCAUUGUUCAGAAGAUGUUUGCACAAUGACGCCAAAAGCAGUGUACUCUGGUGGUGUAAAGGAUUUUAGCAUCUGUAGCUUGGAUGACUUCAAAUAUAUUUCUUCUCAUAAUGGCCUUACAUGUCUUCAGACAAACCCUCUUGAAAUGCCAACCUACACACAAAGGAGAAUAUGUGGCAAUGGAUUGUUAGAAGGAGGUGAAGAAUGUGAUUGUGGCACUAAAGACAAUUGUACACAUAAAUUAUGCUGUGAUCCUUCAACAUGUAGAAUGAAAGGUAAUGUGCAAUGUGGUUCCGGAGAUUGCUGUUCGAAAGAUUGCAAGCUCAAACCGGCUAAUACGAUUUGUAGGAAAUCAGUUGAUAAAGAAUGUGAUUUCACUGAAUUUUGCAAUGGGGACCUUCCAUACUGUUUGCCUGACACUUAUGUACGUGAUGGAGAAUAUUGUGAUUCGGGUGGAGCCUUCUGUUUCCAAGGAAAGUGUCGGACUUUUGACAAACAAUGUGAUGAUUUAAUCGGAAGAGGUUCAAGAGGUGCUCCGAUUUUCUGUUAUGAUGAAAUUAAUACCAGAGGAGACAAUUUUGGAAACUGUGGCACUGCAUAUUGUCUUUUUCAACAUAUUCUAUGUGGAAAAUUAGUCUGUACAUGGGAACACAGAGACUUAAUAUCACGUCCAAAUUUAUCUGUGAUUUAUGCACAUGUACGAGACCAAACAUGUGUGUCUACAUACCUACCAAGGAGAACGCCACCUCCAGUAAAUUCACAUAUUUCAGUCACAUCAUAUUAUUCAGUUGAAGACAGAGAUGAAACAUUUGUACAAGAUGGUUCUGUGUGUGGUCCUGAUAUGUAUUGUUUCAAAACGCGUUGUAAACAUGUUAGAUUCCUGAUGAAUUUUAAAUUGUGUAAUGCUUCUGAUCAUUGUAAUCGUCAUGGAGUUUGCAACAAUUUUAACCAUUGCCAUUGUGAAAAGGGAUAUAAUCCUCCUUACUGCAAACCAAAGCAAGGAGCAUUUGGAAGUACUGAUGAUGGACACUUAGUACCACCAACUGAGAAAAGUUACAUGGAGGAGGGAAGACAUGCCACUUUUCAAAAACAACGGUUUCAACUCAUUUUCUACAUUUCUCUACCUGUGCUUCUUAUUACUACUGCCAUUUUAAUAAAACGGAAAAAAUUGAGAGAGCUAUGCUAUAGAGGGGAAACUGAAAGUGACAGCUCUAUGUCAGAAGAAAGCAGCAGUAACAGCAAGUCAUCCCUCAGUGAAAGGUGA